AUGUCUAUGGCCACUGGCUGCAGCGCUGGAUUGAAAGCGAUUGCAGCUGCAGAGCGCUGUAAUUACAGCAGCUAUAGCAAGAGAGCGGAUGAAGUACCUACGUACCUCAAGCCUAGCGCAGCGCCGUUGCGAGCUAAGGGCUCUAGUAUUCCUGAGAGGCUCUUAGGAUAUUCUGGAGUAUGGUUCAUCGUCAAGGCUUCACUCAAGGUUGCCAGUUACAUGCACGCUGACACUGAUGGAAAAUUGCUCUACGAGAGACUGAGUGACGGACUCGUACCGGAAUUUUCUAGUUGGAGAACCUGCAUCUCGUCACCAUUUUCAGGCGCCUGCAGAUUAACUCGUUCUGCCAUCGAAUGGGUUCUUCUAUCACUUCCCAUUGAGAAGUUCUGGGUUAUAAAGUCACAGAACACCCCAAGCCGAAAGAUUUUGAGGAUGCAUGUAUAA